GGACCCUUUCUUUGACAUGCAUAUGAUGGUGUCCAGGCCAGAACAGUGGGUAAAGCCAAUGGCUGUAGCAGGAGCCAAACAGUAUACCUUCCAUCUGGAAGCUACUGAGAACCCAGGGGCUUUGAUUAAAGACAUCCGGGAGAAUAGGAUGAAGGUUGGUCUUGCCAUCAACCCAGGAACUACAGUUGAAUAUUUGGCACCAUGGGCUAAUCAAAUAGAUAUGGCCUUGGUUAUGACAGUGGAACCUGGGUUUGGAGGACAGAAAUUCAUGGAAGAUAUGAUGCCAAAGGUUCACUGGUUAAGGACCCAGUUCCCAACUUUGGAUAUAGAGGUCGAUGGUGGAGUAGGUCCUGACACUGUCCAUAAAUGUGCAGAGGCUGGAGCUAACAUGAUUGUGUCUGGCAGUGCUCAUUAUGAGGAGUGAAGACCCUAGAGCUGUGAUCAACUUGUUAAGGAAUGUUUGCUCAGAAGCUGCUCAGAAGCGUUCCCUUGAUCAAUGAGCACAAGGAACCUGGUGUUUCUGUUCAUAAACCUUCUUUUGGCUGGAAUAGAGGAAUACUGACUAACAAAUCAUCUUCCAGUCAAGGCAAAGUUGCUUCUCUGAGAAACUAUCCAUUCCAGUGAUUAAAAUCCAUUGUGCAGAAUGUUUCAGGAGGGUAGAAAUUGGGGUGUAUAACUACAUUUGAGUGGUGCAACUUAAAGAUUAGUAUGAUAAAGUACUGUUUAUACUGGGAGAAUUGAUUUUUGUAAAGAGUGAA